CGCACCGCGCUGCCGCCCAGGGGGCACCGGCCCGCUCCCGGCCCCCCGCCAGCCCCGCGCCUCAGCCCGCGCCCUAAAUCAUUGUAGGUUUGGUGUCUUGGAAGUAUGGAAUCAAUCUCUAUGAUGGGGAGUCCCAAGAACCUCAAUGAAACUUUUCUACCAAAUGCUGCCAAUGGCAUCAAAGAUGUCAGUAAGGUCACGAUAGGCAUCAUUGGAAGUGGAGACUUCGCUAAGUCUUUGACAAUCAGACUUAUCAGAUGUGGGUACCACGUGGUCGUAGGGAGCAGAAACCCUAAACACGCUGCUGACUUCUUUCCCCAUGUGGUUGAUGUCACUCACCAUGAAGAUGCAGUAGCUAAAACAAACAUAAUUUUUGUAGCCAUACACAGAGAACAUUACACCUCUUUGUGGGAUCUCAAACAUUUACUUGCUGGUAAAAUUCUGAUUGAUGUCAGCAAUAAUACAAGAGUAGACCAAUAUCCAGACUCCAAUGCAGAGUAUUUGGCAUCACUUUUUCCUGAUUCCCUAAUUGUCAAAGGAUUCAAUGUCAUUUCAGCAUGGUCACUACAGUUAGGACCAAAGGAUGCCAGCAGACAGGUCUAUAUAUGCAGUAACAAUGUUCAGGCUCGCCAUCAAGUUAUUGAGCUUGCCCGUCAGCUCAGUUUCAUUCCUAUUGAUUUGGGGGCAUUGUCAUCUUCAAGGGAGAUUGAAAACCUGCCUCUGCGACUGUUCACCCUGUGGAAGGGGCCUGUACUGAUUGCCAUUAGCCUGGCAACAUUUUUUUUCAUCUAUUCUUUUGUCAGAGAUGUCAUCCAUCCGUACAUGAGAAAUCAGCAGAGCGACUUUUACAAGAUUCCCAUUGAGAUUGUGAACAAGACCCUGCCAAUUGUUGCUAUCACUUUGCUUUCUCUAGUAUAUUUAUCAGGACUUAUUGCAGCUGCUUAUCAGCUUUACUAUGGCACUAAGUACCGGCGAUUUCCUCCUUGGCUGGACAACUGGCUCCAGUGUCGAAAGCAGCUUGGACUGCUCAGUUUUUUCUUUGCAGCAGUGCACGUGGUGUACAGCCUCUGCUUGCCUAUGAGGAGAUCAGAGCGGUACUUGUUCCUCAACAUGGCAUAUCAACAGGUUCAUGCAAAUGUUGAAAACUCUUGGAAUGAGGAAGAAGUGUGGCGAAUUGAAAUGUAUAUCUCCUUUGGAAUAAUGAGUCUUGGAUUGCUUUCUUUGCUGGCAGUAACUUCUAUCCCUUCAGUAAACAGUGCCUUAAACUGGAGGGAGUUCAGUUUUAUUCAGUCUACACUUGGAUACAUUGCUCUGCUUAUAAGUACUUUCCAUGUACUGAUUUAUGGAUGGAAGAGAGCUUUUGAAGAAGAGUAUUACAGAUUUUACACACCACCAAAUUUUGUUCUUGCCCUUGUUCUGCCUUCCAUUGUAAUUCUAGGUAAGAUCAUCUUACUUUUGCCUUGUGUAAGUAGGAAACUGAGGAGAAUUCGAAGAGGAUGGGAGAAGACCCAUGUUUUAGAAGAAGUAAGUGGGUCUGUUCCACAUCUCUCCCCAGAAAGGAUAACUGUAAUGUGAUGAUAUUUGUUAACACUGUUGCACAUGUUUGGGCUUUGUUUCCUUUGUCAUAAACUGGUGUUUUUAACAGUUUAGUUAAAUAGGAGUCUUUUUAAAGUCUCUUGCUUGACAUAUAGUACAAGCUCUUAACCAAACUAUGAGAUAUUUAUAACUAGAAGAUGACUACUUCUGAUAAAUACAAGAAUAUUUUUGUUUGGAUUACAGAGGGCAGAUGAUUAUGAAAUAAAAAAUUUAAUGUUCCUUUGCACAGUUAUAUCACAAUAAUAUUUUAUUAGAACCAGGCUUUAAGGAUAUUUUUUUGCCUUAAAGCAUAUGUGUCAGAGCGCUGCUUAUUAAUAUGACAUUUUCUGGGCAGUGUUUCUGCUAUUAAAACCACAUUUCUGGGUUAAUGAUUUCAGAAGAUAAAGUAAAUUAUUUAGGAAAUAACCAGGGUUUGAAACAAAUUAAUUUGUAAUGAUUACAGAAUGACAGAAUGCUUUGAGUUGGAAGGGACUUUAAAGAUCAGUAAGUUCCAAUGCCCCUGUCAUGGGCCUUGACAAAUUUCACUAGACCAAGUUGCUCAAAGUCCCAUCCAACCUGGCCUUGAACACUUUGAGGGACUGGGCAACCACAGCUUCUCUGGGCAAUCUGUGCUAGUGCCUCAGUGCCGUCACAGUAAAGAACUUCCUCCUAAUACCCAAUCUAAACCAACUCUCAUUUAGUUUAUAGCCAUUCCCCCUUCUCCUGUCACUACAUGCCAUUGCCCUUUCCAGCUCUCCUGCAGGCUCCCUUCAGGUACUGGAAAGCUGCAAUUAGGUCACCCCUAAGCCAUUCCCUCCAGGCUGCACAAACCCAUUUCUCUCCACCUUUCCUCACAGGAGAGGCUCCCCAGCCCUCUGAUCAUCUCAGUGGCUCUG